GAAACACUGACAGGUGCUUGGAAGAAAUUUUAUCUGUGGAUUUAAUGAUGACUGGGGUGAGAAGGCGAUGUGUGUUCUGACACACUCGACAAUGGAUCUCAUCAGGGUAUUCUCAAGAAGAGCAAUAACUAUUUCAACUUUGAAUCAUUCACACGCCGCAUGAAUCCUGGCACCUUGACCUAGCCCAAUGAAAGUUGAUGCGAUAAUAAGCCUACAGUGUUCAGGCCUAAUCACAAUUAAGCGGGUACUUCAACCACUUGAUUGAUUUCGAAGCUCAAACGAAGUCAUUGAGUGUAAUGUUCACCGUGUGAAGACAUGGCGGAUGCAGCUCAACCACCAACUCACUUCACCAUUGAUGAUACUCCAUCAAGGACGCCGAUUCCACAGAAGAAACCAUCAUGCUUAAAACGGGCCAGUAAUGGUAUCAUCUGGGCCCUGGAAUCUACAUUCUAUAAGAUAGGUCUGUUUGUUGGUGAACAUCCAUGGAUUACCAUUGUCUUCUGUCUCACAACGUGUGGCCUGUGUGGUCUCGGCCUGAAGACAUUCAAACAAACAGAGGAACAAGUUGCAUUGUGGGUACCUCAGAGUUCGCGUAUUGUCAACGAGAAGAAAUGGGUGGACAGACACUUCCCGUCUGAAACGCGCUAUGUGACGAUGAUCGUCACGGGAAGGGAUGUUCUCACUCAGCCAUUCCUCAAUUCAUUGCUUGAUUUCUACACGAAGUGUAACAACAUCAGUGUUGGAGGGAGGCAGUACCCAGACAUCUGCUACAGUGUUCGGACAGCUACUGGGUACCACUGCCGUGUGACAAGUUUAUUAGAACUUUGGUCUUACAAUGAAACUGUCAUCCGUUCUCUGACCCGGGGCAAGAUCCUGCAGGCGGUUAAUACCAUCAAGAAGAGCCCUGUGUAUGGCACAGAUUUCGAUGUGUCCAACAUGAUUGGGGGAACAGUACAUCGAGGACAGGGAGGGGACAUCGAGGAUGCCACGGCCACACAGAUCACCUGGGUCAUCAGGAAGGAUGACGAGAUUCUAGAGGCAGUGAAGGCGUGGGAGCUGGAGGUGAUCAACCUGGCCCGCCAGGGCAUUGUGCAGACCCUGGAGGUGUACGUGUACGCCUCUCGCAGUUUUGACGAUGAAGGUUACGGCGCCAUUAACAAGGACACAAAUCUUCUGUCUGCGGGAUUCAGCAUCGUGUUCGUGUUCGUCAUGCUGUCUCUUGGGAAGUUCAACAUGGUGGAGCAAAGGAUAUACCUCUCCCUCAUUGGUUUGUUCAGUGUUGGCUUAGCAAUACUAUUUGCCUAUGGACUAGCCACAGCCUUUGAUGUUAUAUACGGCCCCAUACAGUCUAUUAUGCCAUUUCUUCUGCUAGGUAUCGGUGUGGACGACAUGUUUGUCAUCGUGGAGGCUUGGAAGAAUCUCACCUUGGAGGAGCAGUUGCUUCCCUUGCCACAGAGAGUCGCGGUGAUGAUGAAACACGCUGGCGUGUCGGUCACCGUCACAUCAAUCACAGACAUCGUAGCAUUUGGAAUAGGUGCAUCAACUGUCAUCCCAGCUCUCAGUGCCUUCUGUAUCUAUGCAGCCUUGGGCAUCCUGGCUCUGUACGUCCUGCAGUCGACGUUUUUUGUUGCGUGUUUAUCACUGGACCAGAAGCGCAGAGAAUCACAUCGGAACGCCUGCAUCUGCUGCUACAAACACAAGGACUACCAACCCAACGCCUGCAGCCAGAGAUCCUUCAUGCCCAAGUUCAUGGAGAAGUACUACGGCAGAGCUCUGAUGAAACUACCUGUAAAAAUACUAGUGAUUGUGACGACGCUGGGCCUGCUUGGGGUGUUCAUGUGGCGGUUCAUCCUACUGAGGCAAGACUUCGACCUCGUCAACUACAUUCCCAAUGAUUCCUACGCCUUUGCUUUUGUGAAGGCCAAAGAAAAAUAUUUCCCCGAUGAAGGAAUAGACACAGCUGUAUACUUUGGAGGAUUCAACUACUAUGAACACUCUCAGUCUCUCGACGCUGCUUACAAGUUUGUGAGUGAGAGCCAGUACACCCAGAAUGGCACCGUCACCAGCUGGUUCCAGGUCUUCCAGGAUUGGAGGAGAAGGAAUGAUACUGACGGUACUACAACUAGUAUGGUCCCGACUUCUGAGGCCGAGUUCUACAACUUGAUGUACACGUUCCUCACAGGCCCUGGCGUACAGCUGGCCAGAUAUGUCAAGAUGAACUCCACGCUUCCACCAAUAAGUAUAGAGGCUUCGUACAUGACACUGCGGCACACUUUACAACCAGACUCAUCAGAUGAAAUAGCAGCAAUGGAAAAUUUACGUUCCAUCAUCGACGACAUCCGCUUCCCACAAUACUCCGGUGCAGAUCUGCCCAAAUACCAGGCGUUUGCCUACUCUCGGAAUUACCUGACAUACGAGACUAACAAGGUGCUGUUGUCGGAGCUGUACCGGAACCUGGGUCUGGCUGGCGGGUGUGUGCUGUUGGUGACGCUGCUGCUCAUCGCAAACAUCUGGACAUCAGUGCUGGUCUUCACCUGCGUUGUUUUCACUCUGAUUGAUGUUGCUGGUGCAUUGGAGCUGUGGGGUGUGACAAUCGACACCGCCAGCAGCGUCCUCCUCAUCCUCUCCGUUGGCAUCGCCGUUGACUACUCAGCACAUAUAGGUCACACCUUCAUGACGGUGCAUGGAGACCGCAACUAUCGGUCAAUCCUGACACUGAAGACAAUUGGUCCUGCAGUGUUCAAUGGCGGCUUCAGUACCUUCCUGGCCUUCGUCCUCCUGGCUAACAGCUCCAGCUAUGGAUUUGCUCUCUUCUUCCGCGUGUUCAUGACAGUUGUGAUAUUUGGGCUGUUCCAUGGAUUGGUCUACCUCCCUGUCAUCCUCAGCUGGGUGGGACCACAGCCUUAUGAGUCCAGCUAUAGGACAGAAGACUCGACCAAUCACAUCACAGUAGCACAGGGAGAUAACCCCACCCCGGACUGUCCCAAUGGUCAUGUUCAGAUGGGUAUUGAGAGACACCCUACCGGCCGACACCCUACCGGCCGACACCCUACUGUCCGACACCCAGUUCAGAUAGGACUCACAACCCACGUGACAAGCUGUACAGAUGUGUACAUUCCAAAGCUGGACUACUCGCCACCAUCACGGGGAAGAUCAAAACUAUCUCAGUAUCAUGACAGGAUUUGUGAUAGAACAACGGAUGGACAAUCAAAUCUCCGUGGCCAGCUGUGGCCAAAAUUGUCGCCCCAUGCUACACAGGCGGAAAACAGUCAUUUGUGAAAAGCCUUCCAAAUUGAAGGGGUGUCAGGAUGAGUCAGGUUGAGUCUACUGUUGUGAAAGGGAUGUCAGAAUGAGUCAACUAUGCUGAAGGUGUGUCAGGAUGAGUCUACUAUUGUAAAUGGGUGACAGGGUGAGUCUGCUUCAGUGGAGGGGUGUCAGGAUCAGUCAACUGUGCUGAAGGGGUGUCUGGAUGAGUCUACAACAUUGGAGGGGUGUCAGGAUAAGUACAGCAGUGAAAGGGUGUCAGGAUGAGUCUACUAUUGUGAUGGGUUUGUAUGUUGUUUAACGCCACACUCAGCAAUAUUCCAGCUAUAUGACAGCGGCCUGUAGUCAUGGGGGCCAGGAUGUGUCUUCUAUAGUCAAGGGUUAGUUUGUUGUUUAACGCCACACUCAGCAAUAUUCCAGCUAUAUGACGGCGGCCUGUAGUCAUGGGGGCCAGGAUGUGUCUUCUAUAGUCAAGGGUUAGUUUGUUGUUUAACGCCACACUCAGCAAUAUUCCAGCUAUAUGUCGGCGGCCUGUAGUCAUGGGGGCCAGGAUGAGUCUACUAUAGUCAAGGGUUAGUUUGUUGUUUAACGCCACACUCAGCAAUAUGCCAGCUAUAUGAAGGCGGCCUGUAGUCAUGGGGGCCAGGAUGAGUCUUCUAUAGUCAAGGGUUAGUUUGUUGUUUAACGCCACACUCAGCAAUAUGCCAGCUAUAUGAAGGCGGCCUGUAGUCAUGGGGGCCAGGAUGUGUCUUCUAUAGUCAAGGGUUAGUUUGUUGUUUAACGCCACACUCAGCAAUAUGCCAGCUAUAUGAAGGCGGCCUGUAGUCAUGGGGGCCAGGAUGUGUCUACUGUAGUGAAGG